AUGACCUCAUCCCCUGAUUGGCUCUGUGUUUCUGGUUUCCAGGAUGACCACUCCAUGUUUUUCCAGUUUGGCCCAUCCAUCGAGCAGCAGGCUUCCGUCAUGUUGAACAUUAUGGAGGAGUAUGACUGGAACAUCUUUUCUAUAGUCACCACUUACUACCCCGGUUACGAGGAUUUUGUCAACAAGGUCCGCAGCACCAUUGAGAACAGCUUUGUUGGCUGGGAGCUAGAGGAGGUCCUAUUAUUGGACAUGUCGGUGGAUGACGGAGACUCCAAGAUCCAAAACCAGAUGAAGAAACUGCAGAGUCCUGUGAUUCUUCUUUAUUGCACGAAGGAAGAGGCGACAACCAUUUUUGAGGUGGCUCAUUCGGUGGGCCUCACAGGUUAUGGCUACACUUGGAUUGUGCCCUCGCUAGUGGCCGGAGAUGCAGACCAUGUUCCCUCUGUCUUCCCUAUAGGGCUUAUCUCCGUGUCGUAUGACGAAUGGGACUACAACAUCGAGGCCAGGGUGCGUGAUGCAGUGGCUGUCAUCGCCACAGCAACCUCCACCAUGAUGUUGGACCGAGGGCCACACACUCUGCUGAAGUCCAGCUGCCUUGGUACUCCUGACAAGAAGGGCUCCAACACCGGCCACUCCAAGGAAAUCCUGAAGUAUGUCAUGAAUGUGACAUUUGAGGGACGAAACCUGUCAUUUAGCGAGAAAGGCCACCAGAUGUUUCCCAAGCUGGUCAUCAUACUUCUGGACAAGGACAGACAAUGGGACAGGGUUGGCAAGUGGGAGAGAGGCUCUUUGACGAUGAGAUACCACGUGUGGCCUCGUUUCGAGUUGUACUCGGAGGCAAAGGAGCGGGAGGACCACCUGUCCAUCGUGACUCUGGAGGAGGCGCCGUUUGUCAUCGUGGAGGACGUGGACCCGCUCAGUGGGACCUGCAUGAGGAACACAGUGCCCUGCCGCAAACAGCUAAAACUCAGCAAUCAAACAGGGGAUUCGGGGAUUUACAUCAAGCGCUGCUGCAAAGGUUUUUGCAUCGACAUCUUGAAGAAGAUUGCCAAGAACGUAAAGUUCACAUACGACCUCUAUUUGGUCACCAACGGCAAACAUGGCAAGAAAGUGAAUGGAACAUGGAACGGCAUGGUGGGAGAGGUGGUGUUGAAGAAUGCCCACAUGGCAGUGGGUUCACUCACCAUCAAUGAGGAGAGGUCCGAGGUCAUUGACUUCUCCGUGCCGUUCAUCGAGACGGGCAUCAGUGUCAUGGUCUCCCGUAGCAACGGCACCGUCUCCCCAUCGGCCUUUCUAGAACCCUUCAGUGCGGACGUCUGGGUCAUGAUGUUUGUGAUGCUGCUGAUAGUGUCCGCCGUGGCUGUGUUUGUCUUUGAGUACUUCAGCCCAGUGGGUUACAAUCGCUGCCUGGCAGAUGGACGAGAGCCUGGCGGCCCUUCCUUCACCAUCGGGAAAGCCAUCUGGCUGCUGUGGGGCCUGGUUUUCAACAACUCCGUCCCCGUGCAGAAUCCCAAAGGGACCACCAGUAAGAUCAUGGUGUCGGUGUGGGCCUUUUUCGCUGUCAUCUUCCUGGCCUCCUACACUGCCAACCUGGCUGCGUUCAUGAUCCAGGAGGAGUAUGUCGACCAGGUGUCGGGCUUGUCAGACAAAAAGGUGCGAAUGCAAUUCAGUGUUGUGGAUUGUGGGGUGGGGGAGCAGUUCCAGAAGCCCAAUGAAUUCUCACCGCCUUUCCGGUUUGGUACAGUGCCCAAUGGCAGCACAGAGCGCAACAUCCGCAACAACUACAGGGACAUGCACGCCUACAUGACCAGCUUCCACCAGAAGAAUGUAGAUGAGGCCUUGUACAGUCUGAAAACUGGCAAACUGGAUGCCUUUAUCUACGACGCAGCCGUGCUAAACUACAUGGCUGGCAGAGAUGAAGGCUGUAAGCUGGUUACCAUCGGGAGCGGCAAAGUGUUCGCCUCCACAGGCUACGGCAUCGCCAUCCAGAAAGACUCCGGCUGGAAGCGAGCAGUGGAUCUGGCUAUCCUUAUGCUGUUUGGAGAUGGUGAGAUGGAGGAGUUGGAGGCAUUGUGGCUGACGGGUAUCUGUCACAAUGAGAAGAACGAGGUGAUGAGUAGCCAGCUGGACGUGGACAACAUGGCGGGGGUCUUCUACAUGCUCGGGGCCGCCAUGAUUCUGUCAUUACUCACCUUCAUCUGUGAACAUUGGUUCUACUGGCAGCUGCGCUUCUGUUUCAUGGGCGUGUGCUCAGGACAGCCUGGGUUCACCUUCUCCAUCAGCAGAGGUAUCUACAGCUGCAUCCACGGGGUACAGAUUGAGGAAAACAAGUCCACCAUAGACUCGCCUUCUUCCACAAUAAAGAAGAACAUGAACAACACCCACUCCAACAUCCUACGGUUGCUCCGCACUGCUAAGGACAUGACAGCAGUACCAGGCAUCAACGGUUCGCCCCAUGCAGCGCUUGAAUACAGCCACAGUGGCCGUGAGUCGGCUAUUUACGAUAUCCAGGAGCACCGGCGCAGCCUUGUGGGUCACCCUGUAGACUGCAAGUCUGCGCCGCCUUACAUGCAAGAGGACAACAUGUUCAGUGACUACAUCAGCGAGGUGGAGAGAACUUUUGGCAACUUGCCCCUGAAGGACAGCAACCUGUACCAGGACCCUUACCGACACCACCACCCGGCCUCAGCUCUGGGUAUGUCCGGCCCCCCACCCAAUAGGCCACGCAGCUUAGGCAGUGCUAGCUCGUUGGAAGGGGGCAUGUUCGAUUGCGACAGUUUAGGGGGAGGGGUAGCGCCCAUCUUCACCACGCAACCCCGCCCCUCCAUGACUCAUAGGAAUACAAGUAAAUUUGACCUGAUUGCUGGCCACGCCCCUGUUGAUUCCAAUCAGGGCGGGUUCAAGGGAAGCAAUGUGUACGGCAGGUUUUCUUUCAAAGGAGGCGCAUCAAGCACGGGUUUCAUCGGUGGGCAUGACAGGUACUGCAGUGGGGGAGGGGGAGGCUCAGGGGGUGAUGAUGGGAACAUUCGCUCUGAUGUCUCGGAUAUCUCCACACAUACUGUGACCUAUGGCAACCUGGAAGGCAACGCCAAGAGACGUAAGCAGUACAGGGACAGCCUGAAAAAGAGGCCGGCUUCUGCCAAGUGCAGACGGGAACAGGAUGAGAUAGAGCUGAAUGCCUUCAGGAGGAGACCCCACCACCACACAGUCCAUCACCACUUCCCCCACGGUCCUCUGGCACACCGUCCGGUCUCACCUCCCCUGGAGCGGAAGAGGGGAGGAGGAGCGGGUAAUUCUUCACCUUUCUUAUUCCGCAAAGACAAAGACAACCUGAGGGAUUUCUAUGUGGAUCAGUUCCGCUCCAAGGAGGGCAUGGCCAAGUGGGAACAAGAGGGUGGAAGUGGAGCAAGCGGAAUGGGUGGUGGUAGCAGUGGUGGUAUCUGUAAAAGCUUAGUACCUGUGGAAGACUUCCUCAAGGGUAAAGGAAAGAAAUCGGAAUGCAAAGGUGGGAUUGGUGCAAUGUCAGCAGGACAGCAAGCUCACACCUGCUGGGAAAAGGGGGUUUCAGGUAUAGGAGGUGGGGGAAUAGCAGGGGGAGACUGGGAGUGUCGUAACUGCCACAGUGUGUGUCAUCACAGUGGAGGAGGAUCCGGCACAUGUCCAUCAAGCGGAGUUGGGGGAAGCAGCAGUCGUCCCAGUUCUGCAUGCAAACGCUGUGACUCCUGUAAGAUACAGCCAGGCAAUCUUUAUAACAUAAGCGAGGAUAAUAACAUGAUGUUCACAGGAGGGAAGAGCAGUGCAGGAUCAGGCCAAACCCAAACUCAGGCUCAGCGCAGGAAGCUAGGACCAGGUGGGAAGGUCUUACGGAGGCAACAUUCUUAUGACACAUUUGUGGAUCUGCAGAGAGAGGGAGCAGGCCGCAUGGGAGGGGCUGGCGGGGGUGCCGGUGGUCAGUUCCCUCAGCCCCGGAGUGUGAGCUUAAAGGACAAAGACCGCUUCAUGGAUGGUCCCAGCCCCUAUGCUCACAUGUUUGAGAGGUAUGCAGGUGACAGAGAGUCUCCCAUGUUUGGAGGAAUAGACAGGGCAAAAGGAGGCUCCUCCUUCAGUUUGUUCCGCGGAGGCGAAGGGGGGUUGCAUCGCCGUUCGGUGGGAGAACGAGACCAGAGGGAGCGAGAUAGAGGUGUGAUGGGAGGUGGGGGCUGUGGUGGUGGUGGUGGUAGCAGAGGGGCCGGGACUUACUCCUUGUCUAAAUCUCUCUACCCAGAUAAGGUGAACCAGAACCCCUUCAUCCCAACCUUCGGUGAUGACCAGUGUCUAUUACACGGUGGCAAACCGUACUACAUCAAAAAGCCACAGACGCAGCAGCAGCAGCAACUUCUCAACAACAACCGAGGAGGAGGGGACUUCCGCGGCUCCAUGGGAGCGACUUCAUAUUUGCCCGCUUCUGCCACAGCUGGGGUGAUGUCCAAUGUGGCCACAAGGUACCCCAAAGAGCUGUGCCUGGGUGGGGUGGGAGGGCCCAUGGGGAACCACCACGUGGGCAACAAACUGCUGUCAGGAGGCAGGGACACAUUAGGUUUGGGGCAGGGACAGAGACCCUUCAAUGGUGCCAGCAAUGGACACGUGUACGAAAAGCUCUCCAGCAUUGAGUCGGACGUCUGA